AUGGCGAUAUUCAAUGAAGAGAUGAAUGUUAUUAUGAAUCGGUUUAGAUUAUAUCAAGAAAUGCAUCAACGGAGGUUGCAACAACUUGAUGAUGAGGAAGAGGAAGGUCGAUUCCACAUGCCUCGUCAUCUGGUGAAAAAAAUUAUUGAAGAGCUUUGUCGAUUAAAACCUCAAUUUAAUUAUCAGUUUGAUGCACUGAAUAUUAAAGAUCAUAGUCUUGAACAAAAAGUUACUUCGGAUUUAAGGAUUCUAGGUUAUGACAUACCAGCGGAUGCAAAGGAUGAGUACCUUCGUAUGGGAUGCCCUGUUUAUUGGGCUGGUCAAUAUAAGAGUCAUUAUCCUAAACCAACUGUUAUCCUUGAAGUUGUCGCAUCUUAUGAUUGUUGGAUAUGGCACAGUUGUUUUGGUCUUCCGGGUUCACAAAAUGAUAUUAAUGUUUUGCACAAGUCACCUCUGUUUGAAGAUCUGAAGUAUGGAAUUUGUCCCCAAGUCCGUUUCACGAUCAACGGACAUCAGUACACUCAUGGGUAUUAUCUUGCGGAUGGUAUCUACCCAAAAUGGUCCACCUUGGUUCAAUGUUACCGCCAGCCUCCUGUCGGUGCAUUGGGCCGUUCACACCGGCAUUUUAACACCGCCCAAAUGGCAGCGAGGAAGGAUGUGGAACGCGCUUUUGGAAUUUUGAAGAGGAAGUUCACUAUCAUUUGUGGCCCAUAUCGUGGGUUGAGUCCUCGUGAAAUGCGCAAGACUAUGCUCAUUCUUCAUAAUAUGAUCAUUCAGGAAACCCGUCGUGAUUCAGAGUGGACUAACUAUGAAGAUGAAGAUUUGAGACCGGAGAUUCACCCACAAAGAGGCGUCCCUGCAAGGAAUUAUGCUCAAAUGACUAAUUACAUUCAGAACCAGAAUUUGUAUGACAGUUUAAGAGAUGAUCUGAGAGUGAAUCUUUGGGCAGAGCAUGGAAGACAAUGA